AUGAAAUAACAGAGUAUUGAUUAUGAAUAGUGCCUCUUUUAGUGUAAAACAAAGAAAAAAAUAUUAAUAGGAAAAGAAAAUAGAUUUCUAUAUGUUUUUGAAGAUCGCUUAGUUAUUAAUAAAAACUAAAGCAAAGGUAAUCCUGCAAGAGUAAUUAUGUUUGAAAAUUUAAUAAGAGUAAAAUGGAACUAUUCAAUAAAUUAAAAAACAUUCAAAACAUUCUUAAAAAGCAUUACUUUAAUCACUAAUAAGGAAUAAAUGAAUUAUUAUGCAGAUUUUGAGAUGUUAAUAGCUUUAAAAAAGAUAUUAUCAAAAUUUGUUCAAUAGAGUUGUUUUGAGGAUGAAUAUGAAACUUAGCAGGUUUUGGGAGAAGGUAAUUAUGCAGUAGUUUUUUAAUUGAGAAACAUUUUUACAAAUUUGAAAUUUGCUGGAAAAUGUAUAGAGAAAAAAAAGCUAGAUAAAAUUGAUAAAGGAUUAAAGGCAGUAAUGAAUGAGAUAGAAAUAAUGAGGAUUUUAAGUCCGCAUGCAUAAAUUGUUAAUUUACAUGAGGUUUAUGAUGGUGAUAAUAGUAUAAAUUUAAUUUUGGACUUAUGCGAGGGGUAGAAUUUAUAAACAGAAUUAACAAAACGUAAUUAAAUGAUUGAAGAUUCAGAUGUUAAAAUUGUAAAUAUUUAAAAAUUAUUUUUGAGAUAAUGUAUCACCUUCUUUUAGCAGUUGAUUAUAUUCAUAGUAAAGGUAUAAUGCAUAGAGAUUUAAAACCAGAAAAUAUAUUAUUUUAAAAGCCAUAAGAUUUUAAAACAUUGAAAAUAGGAGAUUUUGGACUUGCAGCUAUCUAAAAUGAUAUUCCUUAUCUUUAUCCAAAAUGUGGAACUCCAGGAUAUGUUGCUCCAGAAGGUAAAAUACAUUUUUAAUUAGAGUAAAGUUGCCAAUUUAGUUGAAAAAGAUAAAGAAUAUAGUAGAAUUUGUGAUAUCUUUAGUUGUGGAGCUAUAUUCCAUUUACUUUUAUUAGGAGAAGGUGUUUUUCCUGGUAAAGGACAUUUAGAAUUACUCAAACUUAACAAGGAAUGUAAUAUUAAUCCAGAAGAUGUUAAAUAUAAUGUAUUAAAUAUUGAAUAGAAAGAUUUUAUGUAAAAUCUAUUAUUAUUAAAAGGUUUUAAAUGCUAAAAACUAAUCCUUAACAUCGUCCUAGUGCAAAGGAAUUACUAAAUCAUCCUUAUUUCACUAAUUAGAAAUUAAACGCUGUUGCUAUGUUUUCAAUGAAUAUGAUAAAAUAUGAAGAUGAUACUACUUUAGUGAUGUAGGAUUAAAUACAUUCUCCAACAAAACUUGGCCUGGAGAAAAGAUUUUCUUUUUUAUAAAUGAGUAAUGAAAGAAAUACUCCUUUGAAAAUAAUAUGA